UCUCUCUCUCCCCCCCCCCCCUCUCUCGCUCCCUCUCUGUGUUCUGUAUAAGAACAGUCCGGUGAUGGAGACUCCAUCACAUCGCAGUUCACUUUUACGCAGCGGAGAUGAGCGCCAGGAUAACGAGAUCCAACCCGGCCAUGAAACUGAUAGUGCUCUUCACAGCGUCUCUCUCCUGGGCCUUCCAGCAGCCGGCCGUACCGCCGAAGUACCAGCACCGUGACCCCGUGACGUCUGAGCUCCUCCUGUGCGACCAGUGUCCGCCGGGCACGGCCGUGACACAACACUGCACCGCCGACACGCCCACAGAGUGCCAGCCCUGUCCCGAGAGGCAUUUUGCUGAGAACUGGCACUGGGGGGACACGUGUCAAUACUGUACCUCGGUGUGUAAGGAGAGGCAGCUCGUGAGGCAGCAGUGCAACAGCACCCACGACCAAAUGUGCGAGUGUGCUCCAGGUUUCCAUCUAGUGGUGGAGUUCUGCAUCACACACAGUACCUGUUCGCCUGGCUUCGGAGUGACGGCUAUGGGUACACCAGUGAGCGACACGGUUUGUGAGCACUGCCCCGCCGGUCAUUUCUCCACCGGCAGCUCGGCCACCGAGACGUGUCGGCCCCACAGAAACUGCUCCGAUUUGGGCCUGAAGACACUGAGGUGGGGCACGUCCACUACGGAUAGCCUCUGCGGCAGUCCGGACAAGACGGCAACACUGGACUGCGCCCAGCAUCACACUUUGUGCCACACUGAUGUGACCCUGUGCGAGGAGGCAGUCUUCCAGUCGCUGGCCUCCCUGAGGCUGUCCUCGGUGCCCCUGGAGCGGCUGCUGGAGAGUCUUCCGGGGCAGAGGGUGGAUCACAAGAGCCUGGAGAGGCUGAAGAAGGCCUGCUCUCCUCACCAGCAGGUCCUCCACCUGCUGCGACUGUGGAGGGAGCAGAACAAAGACCAGGACAAGCUGUAUGGCAUCAUACAAGGUGUGAACCACUGUGAGAGGAAGGUCUCCCGCUGCAACGGCCUGAAGAAUCUGACCCUAGAUGACCUCCUGCAGGUCACCAACAGCCUACCAGGGGUGAAAGUUCAGCAGGAGGACGUUCGGGCCGUGGUCUCCACCUGCCUGCCCCGGCAGUACAUCCUGCAGCUUCUUCACCUCUGGAAGACGGCAAACUACGAGCUGGAUCUGGCCAAAGGUCUGUCUCACAGUCUGCGGGUGCUGCGCAGCCAGGGGGCGCCCCGCUAUCUGCUGAAAGGCUUGAAGAAGAUCAGCCGCAUCAUCGGGACCACGUCUGCGCACAAGCUGUACGAGAAGAUGUUUGUCAGUAUGCUUCGGGAUGAGUUGUGUUUUAAGGGUCACAAGCCAUUGAAUGAAUAAGGAAAUGGGAGGUAUGAGCAGGAAUGUAUGCAAUCUAAAGCAUAACAGACACUAAUGCACCGUCAAAUACUGACACAGACACAAAAAGACACACACACACACACAUACACAGUGAACCCGGGGCAUAAAGGUAUGUGAAAGAGUAACAUACAUGGGUCCCAUGAUAAUAAUUUCAGGGUCUUUAAGAUAUCACCAAAUGAUGUCAAGCUUUGCACAUAGUGCCAAGAGGUAUUUUUCAUUAAGGUAAGAUGGGAAGGUAAACUCUUCUUCCUGUCACUGACGCCAAAAUGAGGUUUGGAUAAUAUGAGGUAACAAGUGAUACUAAUAAAUUCACCCUGAGUAUAAAGAAUCUGUCAUGCAGUUAUGAAUUGAAAUAGAAUUGACACAAACUAACUAAACUACUACACAUCUGUGUACUCCAGGCAGACCUAAUCAAAAAGUUAAAUGAUUCCUGGAAACGUUAUGACCGGAGUCUGUGAAAAAAAGAAAAUAACUAUUUAAGAUGUAAAUAGCACACUAUUUUAUGAAAUAUGGGCUGGCAAAUGUUGUGAUUUUAUUAUUGUUGCUUUCUCGCUGUUUGAGAGGAAGGAUUUGGUUUCAUAAUGAAAUACUUUUCUACAGUUUUCCUUUGUUUGUUGGUUUGUUCUGGACUGCUAGCAAGUAAAGCUCAUCUGAAUUUUUUUUUUUUAAUAAUUGUCAGCUUUAUGAAUGUACAAAGGAGUGCAAUUGUUUUCUAUUUAAAAAAAAUAAUAAUUUUUGUUUCUCAACAUGUAAAAGCUUGUUUUUAUUACUUCAUCAGAAAUACUGGAUUCCAAAUGCUGCAAGUUCAUGAAGUGAUAUUUGUUUUAUAUUUUGUUCCAUCACUUUUAUAUUAUUAAAUGUAUGAUCUUUAUGUA